AUGCAGCCCAUCGAUGUGACUCCCACGAUUGCUGACAAACUUUUAAACAUGGUGUACAGAAGCGUAAAGGUCGUCGCAUUCCCGCGAUUCAAAGUGAAUAACUCGAAAUGUGUGAACAAAUUCAAAGCGAUCUUUAAGAAAGGUUACACGCCAAAUUGGACCACGGAGGUGUUUAGAACUGUCGAAGUACAAAAAAUUAAUUCUGUGACGUAUCUACUAGAAGAUUACCGCGGAAAAUCAAUCACCGGAGGAUUCUAUGAGUAUGAGUUGCAUCACGUCAUUAAUCCUGACGUAUAUCUAGUUGAAAAGAUGUUACGUAAAAAAGGAGACAAGGUUUACAUGAAAUGGCUCGGAUAUGAUAAUUCGCACAACUCUUGGGUACAUAAGGACAGUGUGUUAUAA